AUGAAAAUUUUCAGUGAAAGUGAUUAUAGCGAUAUUGCAAAUGAUAUAAUAACAAAUUAUGAAGAAAAUAAAAAAGAAAAUGCAAGAAAACUAAAAAAGAAUAAUUUACUUUCCAAUAGCAAUAAUAAUAGUGAUAUUAACGAUUCAUUAUUUUUUAAGAAAGUAAGUAAUUCAAAUGAAAAUAAAUUAUUAACAAAUUCAUAUGAUAAUAAUGAAAAUAGUAGCUACAAUUCGUUAGUUGAUGAUUUUUAUGAUCAAGCAAUAAAAAAAUUAAAAAAAUCAAAACAAAAUAGUACUAAUUUCAUUGAAGAUGAUAAUAAUAAUAUCUUGGUUAAUAAACCACAUAUAAUUAAAAAAGACGAAAAUAAAUUAAUAAUUAAGAAAAAAGUAAUACAAAGAAACAAUGAAAUUUUAAAAAAGAAUCUUAAUAAGCCGUUAAUGCCUUUGUUAAAAAAAAAGAAUAUCACAAAAAAAAAGGAUAUAAGAAAUAAAAAAGUAGAACAGGUAAGUCAUAAAAAUGAGUGGAACAGUAAUCAGAAUGAUUUAGAUAAAUACAGAUUAUCAAAAGAAGAAUUAGAACAAAAAAAAAUUAAUUUAAAAUCUAAGAACAUAGACAAAGUUAAAAUAGAAUACCAGGAAAAGUUAAAGAAUAUGAGACAAAAACAAUCAUUAGUUACAUCUAAGGGUAAAGAAAAAAAUAAUUGUGAAAAAGAAAGACAUAAUAUUAGUAAAUUAAGUGAAAAAGGAAAAGAGAAGAAAAUUGAUAAAAACUUAAUGGAAAAUAUAAAUUCACAAGAAAUAGAUGAGAAUUUAGUAAAUAAAAAAAAGAAUAUUAAUGUAAAUAAUAAAAAAAAUCAUUUUAAAUAUAACAUUAGAAAAAAAUUUAAUAACUCACAAAAGAUAGAUGAAGAAAAUACAAUUAAUAUUAAUAAUUUAAAUAAUGUUAACGUAAGUCUCGAUUUAUAUAAUAAUGAAAAUUGCGACAUAGAUAAUUAUAAUAAUUAUGAUGCAAAUGGUGGAAAAAAUAGUUCAGAUGAUAUGAAAAAUAGUAAAAAACAUAUAUAUGAGAAAAUUAAUAAAAAAAAAGGAAAUAAUAUUAAUAAUAAUAAUAUCAAAUUAGAAAAAAAUAAAAUUAAUCGUUAUAACAAAUCAUAUUCUUUAAAUAAGUUAAAAGAAAGAAGUCAAAGUUUUUUAAAUAAUAUUAGUGAUAGUGAUUUUUAUGAAAAUAGUAUGUUAAAUAUAUCAAAUUAUAAAAAAGAGGUUGAUGAUAGUUUUUAUUUUCCGAAAAGUAAACAAAUUUAUGACAUUAAUGAUACAUCAUCCUUAAAAAAAAAAAAAUUAAAUCAUUUAGAUGAUAUUAAAGAAAAUUUUUAUGAUUUUGAAAUGGACAAUAAUUUAAAUAUAACCACAGAUUCUUCUAGUAAUAAAACUACCAUAGACAAUUUUAUGAAAGAAUUAAAAAAUCAUAAUGAAAAUUUAUGUAUUGAUAUAAAUCCAAAUAAUAUAAAAAUUGAUAUAGAAAAUUAUAAAAUUGAUAAAAAAGUAUUUAAAGAAAAAGAAUAUUAUCCUAAUACAGAAUUAAAGUUUUUAGAUGAAAAUAUUUCUACAAAAAAUUCUUGUUCAAGUAAUUAUGAUUAUGAAUAUAUUUUUGAUUCUGAUUAUUCUGAACAAAUUAACAAAAUGAAUGAUAAUUUAAUUAAAAAUGAUAAUAUGUUAAAAUUGAAAAAAAGUAAAAUCGAAACAUUUAAUCAUAUUAAAAAAAUUAUUGAGGAAAUAAAAAAUCUAGAUUAUGAAAAUGUAAAUACUUUAAGAAACGAUAAAAAUGAAAUAAAAAAAAAUGAUGAUUAUAUGGAUAUGGUAAAACAAAAUGAAAAUAACAAACUAUAUUGUUGUGAUAGUGAGGAUGAAAAAAUAGAAAAAAAAAAAAUUUACCAUAAUAUUAAAAAAGAAAAAACAAAACAAAAAAAUUACUACGAAAAUACCGAUGAAGAAAUAAAAAAAUUUGAAAAAAAAGAUUAUUAUAAAGAUAUGGAUGAAAAAAUAGAAAAAAAAAAAGUCUAUCCUUUAAUGGAGUUGCUAUUUAAAGAAGAUGAUGAUAAUGAUUAUUACAUAAAAGAUAAAUCUAGUGAAUAUUAUAAGGAAGAAGAAAAUGAAAUUUUUAAUGAAAAUAAUGAUUUAUAUAAAAAGGAUAACAUUUUUAACAGUUAUAAUUGUAUUUUUAAUGAUAAACAUAACCCAUUACAUGAGGAUAAAAAUUGUUCUGAUAUGAUGAAUUUUUCAGAAAUAAAAUGUUUUUCUAAUAAAAGAAGAGAUAGUAAAAAUCAAAAAUUAAAUCAUACUUCAUCCUUUUCCUCUUUCAAAAAUUCUUUUGACAGUAAUUUCAAUAUACCUAAGGAGUAUUCAUAUAAUUUAUCUGAAAAGAAUAACAUAAAAAAUAAUAUAGAAUAUGAGAAAAACAGUUACAUCUCCAACUCGAUAGAAUUAAUGAAUAAAUUGGAUUCAAAUACUACUCAUAUAGAAAAGAAUACCAGUAAUGCAUAUAAUAAUAACAGAGAUUAUUUAAAAAAGAAUAAUAAUGAAGAUUUAAUUUUUUCGAAUAGUCAAAGUGAGAAAAAUGAUUGUUACAAUUUUUUGAAAAACACUUUAUUAAAUAAAAAUACUAAAAUAAGUAGUAGAAAUGAUAAGGAAAAAAAUGAGAAUAUAAAACAAAAAAUAGAUAGAGGAACUAUUAAUUUAAUUAAAAAUGAAUUGAAAUCAAAUUGUUCUAAGUUAAAUAUGGAUGAUAGAAAUACUCAUUUGACUAUACAAAGAAAUGAUAAAAAAAUUUGUGAAACUCCUAAUAAAAAAAUAGAGAAGAAAUAUGAUCAAGAAACAGCUUCUAUUAUAUCAAAUUCAAAUUUACAUAAGAAAGGAAAAAAGAAUAUUUUUUGUAAGAAAAAUGUAAAUGAAGUAAAAAACAUAAAAAAUUGUAGGGAAAUUGAACAUUUAAAGAGAAAUAAUAAAGAAACUCCACAGACAAAAAAUUCAAAAGAUAUUACAGAUAUAACAAAAAAUAAUAUAAAUAAAAGAACAAGAAUAAUAUUUAAUAAAAAUAAAGAUAAUGAAAUAAGUAGUGAAAAAAAAGAAAAAGGAAAAGAGGAUACAUGUGCAAACAAGGAACAUAGAUUAAUAAACCAAAAAAUUUUGAAUACGUCUCUCAAUUUUGAUGAUACUCAUAACUUGAGUGAUGAUGAUAAAUUUAUUUUUGAUACAUAUUUAAACGAAGAAAAUACGAAAAAAAAGGAAGAAAAUCUAUCAGAAAUAAUAAAUAGUCAAGUUAAAGCUUUUGAACGAAUUUUUUUAUAA